AUGGAUGGUGGCUGUUCUGCCCAGUUCAACGGCGGAAAUGUCACUCAUGAUCCAUGCCUGGCUCUUGCGCUAAUCGUGCUCGGACCCGCUGAUGUACGUGGCUUUCGUCUUGCAUCUCUCCUGGCUGCUGUACGUAGUACGCACGGCACUUUCCUGCCAGGCGCGCGCGCUGCGAGAGCGACUUGGAUAUCCACAACGACAGGCGCCUCCGCGCAUAGCCUGCUCGANCUCCUCAGAGCUCCUCCUCCGAGAUGGGGGCUUGGUAUUAUCGUUAGGCCACUCACGGCGCCACGUUAUUUGGCAGAAUCUGCCUGGUUGAGAANNAGGAUUGUCAGUGUCAUGGAGUUUGGCGUUGUCAUCUCCGCUGGCCAUCAUCACCAACUGCGCCGCGUAUCACUUCUCGUAGUGCUGUUUCAUAACGACCUUCCGAAUGCGUGGCCAACGAGUGUCGCUCAGUUGUCAUCGAUGACGCAGGAUAUUGUGCCAAAG